AGUCAGUUAUGCGUAACUAUGCGUAUGCAUUCGGGCAAUGGUACAAUUAAUGUUGUCUUAAAACUGGCAGGAUUAACUUAAUCUAUUAAUCUUAAUUUCUAUUUAUUGUUUUUGUUCAUGCUUUUACUAAGAUGUACAUAAAUCAGCCAACGUUAUGCUAACGUUACUUAGCUAAUUCCAUGGAUGUUCUAACGUUAAAGCAGAAGCUGCAGAAUAAUACCCCGCUUAUUUCCUUCCGCAAUGGUUGUCGAGGUAGAACACUUCUUUGGUGUGUACAUGUUGUACUGCACCAAUGUUAAAUUCAAAGGCCGUAUUUACAUCGGCUUCACGGUGAACCCUGAGCGCAGGAUCGGACAGCACAACGCCGGGCGGCACAGAGGGGGAGCUAAGAGGACCAGUGGAAGAGGACCAUGGGAGAUGGUCCUCAUAAUACAUGGCUUUCCCUCGGAUAUUGCUGCCCUUCGUUUUGAGUGGGCGUGGCAGCACCCUCACACCUCCAGGCGUCUCUCCCACGUCUCCCUGCGCUCCAGGAAAGAGUCGAGUCUGCAGUUCCACUGGCGCGUCGUCUCCAACAUGCUGCGGGCGGCGCCUUGGAGCAGACUGCCGCUGACGGCACGCUGGCUCAAACAGGAGUACAGGAUGGACUUUGAGCCCGGCCUGCAGCCUCCGCUGCACAUCCCCAUCGCUUUUGGGAGUGUGAGAGCCAAGAAGAAGCUGCAAUCUGAAGGAGAGGAGGAGGAGGAGGAGGAGGAGGAGGAGACAGCCAAGUGUUUUCUCUGCAAAGAGCUGGUCAAGGUGUCAGAAAAGCUGAGCUGUUUCCACCCGUCCUGUGGAAUGAGCGGUCAUGUGAUCUGCCUCGCGAAACAUUUCCUGAAGUGGGAGCCGUCCCACCUCCUGCCAGUGGAGGGCGAAUGUCCGGCCUGUUGUCACUCUGUGCUGUGGGGGAGUCUCAUCCGCCACAAACACUGCUGCUUCGGAAACCUGGAGGAGAUCACACCGUCUGCGUCUCAGGUUGUAGACGAUAUACACAUAUGUCUGUUUAAUAUAUUGGAUUUUUGAAUGUGGCUCUACCUAGCUAGAUAUAAGUAUUACCAGUGAAUGUAGUUUCUGCUUCACUAAUUGGUCCUCUGAUCUCCCACAGAGCCACUGGGCAGAUGAGCUGCAGACAUGAGUGGAGCCUGCAAACCUUUUAUUUCCUGGUUGAAUGACCUGCAGUGUCCUCGAGCAUUAUGUAGAUCAUGUGUAAUGGAUGUGCCGGUGGAGCAGGAAUGUACAGUGACUUCAUAAAAGCUGUCCAGCAGAGAUGUGCACAGGUCCAACAUAUCUCUUCCAUUUGUAUCAUUCUGUUCACAAAGUAUCAUGUAUGUUUAAAAUAUUCCAUGUUUGUGGGGAAAGCACUUGUAAUGUGUGUUACAAAUAAAGCGAUGUUGUUCUAUA